AUGUCUCUCUCCGAAAACCCACCUGUAAAAUCAUGGGAAUUAGAGUUUCAUUCAAUGGUGGCAGCGAUUAAAAAUGGUAACAUAUCGGAUUUGCCUAUUGAACAGGCUCAAAAGCAAUUUAUUGAGGCAAAUAAGAUCGAGGUUCCUUCUAAUAUAAUUAUAGAGCAAGUCAUAUUAGACGAACGAUACAGGCAAGAGAGUAGAAAGCAUUUAGAAAAAGGUUUAAAAAAAUAUGAAGAUGUGUUAGACGAGAAAUGGAAAGAACCAAAUGAUAGACUACGAUCAGCUGAAAGCAAUAGAACUGUUACAUUUAAAUACGCAAAGCAUGCUAAAGCUCGAGUUUUUUCAAUUGAUUAUCGUAUAGCACCACAGAAUCAAUUUCCUGCUUCUCUUUGUGAUUCAGUUGCUGCAUAUCUUUAUCUUUUAGACCCUG